AUGAAGGUAUUGGAGAAAAAUUACUUCUGGAUGUUGCUUCCACUGCUUCAUUUGAUAGCCGAUGCUGCGGAACAUGAAGAGGUAGCAAAACAUGCCAUCAAGUUACACCGAGGCAGAGGGGCAGCCAUCACUCAGAGGAAGCAGUGGGUCCUCGAUAGUUGCAGAAAGCUCUCUGGGCUGCUUCGCCAAAAGACUGUGGUUCUUAACAAACUGAAAAGUGCAAUCAGAGCAGUAGAAAAAGAUGUUAGCCUGUCAGAUGAAGAGAAACUAUUUCAGGUGCACACAUUUGAAAUUUUCCAAAAAGAGCUGAAUGAAAGUGAAAACUCAGUGUUCCAGGCGAUCUGUGGCCUCCAGAGAGCCCUGCAGGGAGACUACAGAGAUGUUGUGAACAUGAAGGAAAGCAGUAGGCAGCGUCUGGAGGCCCUGAGAGAGGCUGCGAUAAAGGAAGAGACAGAAUAUGUGGAACUUCUGGCAGCAGAAAAACAUCAAGUUGAAGCUCUCAAAAAUAUGCAACAUCAAAACAAAAGUUUAUCCAUACUUGAUGAAAUUCUUGAAGAUGUGAGAAAGGCAGCCGAUCGUCUAGAGGAAGAAAUAGAAGAACAUGCUUUUGAUGACAAUAAAUCAGUGAAAGGGGUCAAUUUUGAGGCAGUUCUCAGAGUAGAAGAAGAAGAGGCCAAUUCCAAGCAAAACCUCACAAAGCGGGAAGUAGAAGAUGAUUUGGGUCUUAGCAUGCUCAUCGACUCCCAGAACAACCGGUACAUCUUGACGAAGCCCAGAGAUGCCACGAUUCCACGCGCAGAUCACCACUUCCUAAAGGACAUUGUUACCAUAGGAAUGCUGUCUUUACCUUGUGGCUGGCUGUGCACAACGAUAGGGUUGCCUACGAUGUUUGGUUAUAUCAUUUGUGGUGUACUUCUGGGGCCUUCAGGACUAAACAGUAUUAAGUCUGUUGUGCAGGUGGAGACCUUGGGAGAGGUCGGUGUGUUCUUUACUCUGUUCCUCGUUGGCCUGGAGUUCUCCCCAGAAAGGCUGAGAAAGGUGUGGAAGAUAGCCUUACAAGGACCGUGUUACAUGACGCUGUUAAUGAUCGCAUUUGGCUUGUUAUGGGGACACCUUUUACAGAUCAGACCCACUCAGAGCGUCUUUAUUUCUACUUGCUUGUCCUUAUCGAGCACACCCUUGGUGUCCAGAUUCCUCGUGGGCAGUGGCCGGGGUGAAAAAGAAGGUGACAUCGACUACGGCGCGGUGCUGCUUGGGAUGCUGGUCGUGCAGGACGUGCAGCUGGGCUUGUUCAUAGCCGGCAUGCCCACCCUCAUCCAAGCUGCAGCCGGUACCUACUCCAGUGUUGUCAUGGAGACCCUGCGGAUCCUGGCUUUGGUCGGUCAGAUUCUCUUCUCACUAGCUGCUGCUUUUCUUCUGUGUCUUGUUAUAAAGACUUACCUCAUUGGACCAUAUUAUCGGAAACUGCACGUGGAAAGCAAAGGGAACAAAGAAAUCCUUAUCUUAGGAAUCUCUGCUUUCAUCUUUUUAAUGUUAAUGGUCACGGAGCUGCUGGACAUCUCCAUGGAGCUGGGCUGCUUCCUGGCCGGAGCGCUCAUCUCUUCCCAAGGCCACGCGGUCACUGAGGAGGUCGUGUCUUACACCGAGCCCAUCCGUGACUUCCUGGUCAUCAUCUUCUUCGCGUCCAUAGGCCUUCACGUGUUCCCCACUUUCGUAGUGUACGAGCUCACCAUCCUGAUGGUCCUCACGCUGUCGGUGGUGAUCAUGAAGUUUGCUCUGGCAGCUCUGGUCUUGUCCCUCCUCCUGCCGAAGAGCAGUCAGUACGUCAAGUGGAUCGUGGCUGCGGGGCUGGCGCAGGUCAGCGAGCUCUCUUUUGUCCUGGGGAGCAGAGCGCGCAGAGCUGGUAUCAUCUCUCGGGAGGUGUACCUCCUCAUCCUGAGUGUGACCACACUCAGCCUCUUGCUGGCCCCGGUGCUGUGGAGAGCCGCCAUCACGAGGUGUGCACCUCGGCCAGAGAGACGGUCGAGUCUCUGAGGGCAGCGACAGGGAUACACGGCUUCAGAAGUGCGACCCCUUCACCUUGGGGACAAAGCGCUCCGUGGGAGGGGCUCCCCGUCUGCCCAGCGUGCCGACUUCCUGCCGUAGCUUCGGGUCUUCCAGAGUAAUUUAUUGCAUUCAGUUGAUCAUGCGCAGUAUAAAUAUAACGCUGCAUUUUACAGAUCACCUUGACUGUUUUGCCUGGAUGUGCCUUUUUUUCUGAAAUUGUUAACUUUCUAUUGUUACUUCAUCAGUUCAUGAUUUUCUGGUAAAAAAAAUCAGAAAGGUUUUUUUUAUUUAUUCAAUUUUUGUGUUGUAAUCUGUUGGUCAAUAUUUGUUAUUAAACAUUUCUGUGAUAUGAAAUUUUAAUUCUGGCAGUGAGUUUAGAAAGUUACUUUAGUCCUUACUGUUUUCUAAAAUGACAAAUACCUUCUAAAUGUCUAUUUGUUUUUAUUACAAUAAUUUUAAAUAAAACAUUCAUGUCAGUUUAUUAAAUAUGUCAUUCUUUUAAAAUACUUGUUUUGAAUCACAAGAAUAUGCAUGCUUUAAUAAAGACCAUUCAUGAAGAGAGGAA